GUUUGCUUGUUCUCCUUUUUUUAGUUACAGUGUGACCUGUUUUCUACUUAUGUCUAAUCAACUUUGGUUCUUACUUCUUGACGGGAUCUUUCUUCCUUUAACUUUACCCGCCGAAGACGAGUCUAGAUAUCGAAGUAGAAAAGGCAAGAUUAGUACAAAUUUUUUGGCUGUUUGUGAUGCUAAUAUGAGGUUCACUUAUGUUCUGCCCGGUUGGGAGGGAUCAGCUUCCGAUUCUCGAGUGUUGCGUGAUGCUCUAUCACGGAAAAAUGGUCUUAAAGUUCCUAAAAGUAGGCUUCUGUGAACUCUAUCUAAUGUUCUUUGGGUAUUAUCUAUUAAAGAUUACUUAAUGAUUCUGUUUUUCUUUCUUAUUAAAUUUGUAGAUAAGUACUAUCUUAUGGAUGGGGGAUAUGCCAAUGGGCCUGGUUUCUUAGCUCCUUAUAGGGUGACUCGAUAUCAUUUACAACUUUGGCGAGGGAAAACUCCUCAGAACUAUAAUGAGUUAUUUAACCAUAGGCAUUCCUUAGCUAGAAGUUACGUUGAAAGGGCAUUUGGAUUGUUGAAGAAAAGAUGGGGCAUUUUGCGUGCAGCUGGCUUUUAUGACGUGAAGAGUGUCCUCAUGAUGCACUAUUGGAUGAAGUAGAUCAAGAGUUGGAAGAUGCUUUAGAUAACGAUUCAUAUGACUCUGAUGAAGAUGAAAUCACAGCAAUGAGGGCAACCAAUGAGUGGACUUUAUUUAGAGAUAAUUUAGCUAAGGAAAUGUUUGAACAAUAUAAAGCAAUUCUCGCUCGGAGAGCUCGGAGUUACUUUUGUAUUUUCUGUUAGAUAUGCCCUUGUAACUGGAAUCAACAUUGCUCUUAGUUAUUGUUUGUCUCGGUAAUGAAAUCAACAUUGCUCGUACUUAUUUAUUAUUUUGUGCUGCAGCUUUGGCUGGAUUUCCUUGUGUUAGAUCCUUGUUUCCAGGUUCUUUUAAGAACCUUCACAAUUGAUUCUGUAUGGUUUGGUACCCUGCUGGUUUACUCAGUUUGUAGCCUUAAUCAAGUGCAGUAAAUUCUGCAGCAAACAGUGCUGCAAAUUCUGCAGCAGACAGUUGGUUCUGUAUGACAUUUGUUGUUUCUAUAUCUAUACUACUGGUGUAUGCUUGCUUGUACACUGAUCAACUCAAUGUUUAUGAGGUUUGUUGCACAGUGAUCAGGUAUAAAGUGAUUGAAACUCUUGCUGGUUAUUGUCAGUACUUGAUUUCAUAGUCAGGUUAUUUACUGCAUUGAUUUAUUUAUAGAGUUUGACCAAGUCUAGUAGCUAUUUAUGUUUCAUGGUUCAUUUGUUUGAGUGGCCUGCUGAAGUGAUCUGCCUGUUUGUUCUUAUUGUUGUAGGAAUGAAGCGACAAGGAAGUAUUUUACCCGGUAAAUCUCGUGUUUAUCUCCAAUGGGAUUCACAGAUGGACAAGAUUUUAAGUCGGGUGUUACUGGAUCAAAUAGUUCAAGGAAAUAAGGGUGAUGGAGACUGGAAGACGCAAGCAUACCAAGUAGUUGUGGAUCAACUUCGCACUGACUUGGAAAUCAAUGUGACUAGAGAUAAUGUCAAGAACUGACUUCGCGCAUGGAAGAAACGCUAUGCAGUGAUAGCUGAUAUUCAAAAGCGAAGCGGAUUGAGCUUGUGGGAUGAAGAUAAGAAGAUGAUCGUAGUUAUAGCUGAUAAUAUGAGUGAUUCGCAAUAUUAUUGCAAUGAUCACCCUGAUGCACGUUCUUAUGCGAACACAUAUAUCAAGAAUUGGGAUGAUCUAGUCUUGUUGUGUGCAAAAGAUAGAGCUGUCGGAUCAACGUCUACUUUUGACAACUCAAGUGCACAUGGCUCAAAAUCUCAAGGGAGGAAUCCUAUUGGCGAAGUUAGUUCAGAAUCGCGAAAGAGAGCUAAGAAGGACAGUCAAGUUGGUAUGGUAGCUAACUCAUUAAGUAGCUACUUGCAAAGUAAGAAGAAGGAAGAAGAACCAAGGUAUACAGGGAAAGAGAUCUAUGAUGUGAUAUGCGAGAUACCGGGGUUGACGCAUGUGGAGGUUGCCAAAGCCGUGAUGAAGUAUCGAUCUGGUGAUCCUGAGCAGUUCAAGUUGCUGCUGGAAAUUCCAAAGGAAGAUAGAAGAAUCUUUGUUGAGUGUUUUCUUGGUGAGCCUUAGUUGCCUUCGCUUUGUAGAGUCUGAAACUUUGAAGACCCGCCUUUUUGGUAGAUGAAUGAUUGACAUUUCUAGAUCAAUCUAUUACUCACAAGCUAUGUUCAGAAUUUGGAAGGAGGAUUAUAUGUAGCCAAGCUUUAACCUUCUCAGCAGUAGCUCUAGUAGUCUCUUUUUUGUUUUAUUGACCAUGUUAUUUUUUAUUGUGCAGUAGUCAUUGGUGCCAUUUUCCUCUGGUUUUGUCGUAAGUGUAGCGUGACCAAAAGUGAGCAGAAUGAGUAGGUAUGGAAUUGUAAGGGGAGAGUUGUCUUUCUAUAUAUAGUGAAGUGAUUUUUUUCAUGGAGUGAAGUGAUUAAGGAGAUCACUGUAUGUGUUAGUGCUAUUAAAAAGCAAAUUAAAAAAUAAUUAGUUGAAAUACCUAAAAGUUGCAACUAUAUAUCCAAACGGUAGAAUUUACAUCUUUGAAAUCAUGUAUUUGAAAUACACAUCUAUCCAAACGAUGAAUUUUAAAUCAUAAGUAUUUCAAAUUCAUACAUUUCAAAUACUUGCAUUUCAAAUACAUAUAUUUCAAAUUCAGCUAUCCAAACGCACCCUAAGAGAUGUCGCUGGGUACUAUAGUGACUGCUAGAACACUAACUUAAUCCAAAAUGAAAAUGAAAUGUAUUCAAGCGUGCUCGCUCAUAAGCUAACCUGCCAUACAUAGCGUUAUGCUACUUCUUGUUGCCCUUGCAAUCACGCCUUGGGAUUCUAGUACAUGGAUAGAGAGCUGUAAAAAGACAAAAGGUCAAUCAUAAUGUAAGAUAACCAUCCGGCAGAAAUCAUUGUCAAACUCAAAGUUAAGCAAUACUAACCCUAUCGAAGCGACACAAAAAUAUGUAUUCUUUUAGUGAUGGCUCUAAUUGAGAUCACCUAUAGAUUUGUAGGUUAAAUUUCAUUUAUAAAAAAAAUCUCCAACCUAGUUCCAAGUUCUUGUCAUCACGUUUAAAUUCUAUCGACAAAUAACUGUCCAAGGCGUAGUUAGUUAACUACCCAGACUAAUCUGUACCCGAUCCAUGUUAGGAUGAUCUUUUCUUUCGUCCAUCAACAUCAACAUCUUCUUGUUGAAUGAUCCCACUCUGUUUUGGCUAUGAGAUAUGAGUUAUCGAAGUGAGCAAGUUAGUCGUCUUUCUAUAUCAUGAUACAAUCAGGUGCACGGAAAAACAAUUUCAUCGAUAUUUUUUCUACACCGAAGUCAAAUAAUUAUUUCCUGGGAGCCCACCGAUAGCAUAACAACACAAAAUUAACCAACUCAUUCGUUUUAAACUGAAUUUCAAAAUAAUUUGAUGGUUAGAUCAAAAUUCAUUAAGCUCUAACAAAACCAAUAACAAAUACUAUGGCACCUCUCAAAAGUAACCGUUUGUACAUUUUGAAUACCCCAAACUCGAAGACUCCUAUAUACUCAAUAUGGAAGAAAACUGUCAAAGUAUAAUAAAUAAACUAUAUACUAUCCAAAUCCCAUUGACUCAAAGCAACUAAGUAAUUGAUGGUCAAUCUAGCAUUGGCUCUCCCAAUCUCAUUGGACUCUUGGAUGCUGCACAGCCAUAUAAUCUCGAGCAUCGUUCCCUCUAGGCCGGACUGAUAACCACACUCCAGAGUCCAGACCACUCUACCAAUAAUAUCAAUAGUUGAUUUACCACUCCACUUGGUUACACACCAUUGGCAACACAUUACUCCAAUCUCACAACCCUAGUUGUGCUUGAUCCUACAAUAUCAUAUAAAGAACAAACUGAACACACGAACGUCCAAUAAAUAUAUGGGAUUUAG